AUGGACGGAAAGAAGAAGCCCACUGCUGCGACUGGGAGCUCCAUCGUCGACGACCUCUUCGGCCCCAAGGACGGCGCCGCCUCCUCCUCCGCGGGCUACUUCAGCACCGUCUUCCCAACUCCAUCCGGGGCGACGGGGAAAGAUGCGUCACUCCGGGCAGCAGCAGCAGCUGGGAAUAAAUCAUCGUCGGCAGGGCAUCAGCAGCAAGGAAAGCAGCACGGGGGGUCACCUGAGUCGCCUUACUUCGGCUCCUCUUCCGUCCACUAUGGCGGCCGGGACUUCUACGCCGGCGCCGAAUCUCAGCGGCAAUAUUCGGCCGCCGCUGCCGCACCGGCACCCAAGCACAAGGACGACGGCGACACGUCGGCAGCCACCCGGGGUGACUGGUGGCAAGGUUCCCUCUACUACUAG